GGAACAUUUCGCUUUGAUCUGGGGUGUUAUAAAGACUGCUGGAUGCAUGAAGAUAUUUUCAUUUCUAGAUUGGCAAUACCGUCAUGAAGAUUCCAGUUGUCUGCUGCUUCGUUGUGCUGCUUGCCGUUCAGGCGCAAGCUGCAUGGCCAUGGGACCGGCUCUUCGCUCCCAUCCCACCCACCACGCCCUCACCACCCACCGACUCACCCCCAGUCAUCGACACAGCUGACGUUCUCGAAGCCGACUCCAUGGUUGAUUUCUGGGAGGACAUCUAUGAGCGCGCCGUUGACGAGUACGGUCCUGUGGACGUUCCCGGGUACGAGAAUGAUCCUUGGAGCGUGUCGUCGCUAUUGACGGGGCUGGGUGAUGGCGUCAUGUCCCUGCUACCGCAGUUGUUUCGUGAUAUGUGGUACUACGGACCCUCGGAGAAGGAAUUAUUUGUCCCCAUGGUUCAGCCUGGAGAGAUGCCACACAACAGCACUAUCCACUGGUUCCGCAAGGGCCUUCGUGUCCAUGACAACCCUGCCCUCUUGACGGCUAUCCAGGGCACCAAGGUCUUCCGGCCAAUCUUCAUUCUGGACCCCCAUUUCAUUGAGUCUGGAAAGGUGGGCAUCAACAGAUGGCGCUUCCUCCUGGAGACUCUUCAAGACCUAGACAACAGCUUCAAGGCUCUGGGAACGCGGUUGUUUGUUGUUCGUGGGAACCCAACCACCGUUUUCCCAGAGAUCUUCAAAAAAUGGAACGUGACCCGUUUGACCUUUGAGGUCGACACCGAGCCCUACGCACGCCGGAGAGACCAGGAAGUGAUAGAGCUAGCUAAGAAGAAUGACGUUGAGGUUAUCACAAAAGUCUCCCACACUCUCUAUGACACAGAGAGAACCAUCAAGGCUAACAAGUACAAGCCACCAAUGACCUAUCAGAGAAUGGUGGGAUUGCUGUCUGAGAUUGGAGCACCCGCCAUUCCUGAACUACCCCCUCUGAUGGCCAACUUCACAGGUGUAGCAACGCCUGUCAAGCCAGACCAUGACAACGAGUAUGGAGUGCCUAGUCUGGAGGAUCUAGGCCUGGAUCUUGAAGGUCUUGGACCUCGUCUCUAUCCCGGAGGGGAGACGGAGGGACUCCAGCGCAUGGAUUUGCAUCUUGCAAGGAAGUCCUGGGUAUGUGGAUUUGAGAAGCCAAAGACCAGUCCAAACUCCCUAGAACCCAGCACCACUGUUCUUAGUCCUUAUCUCAAAUGGGGCUGUCUUUCACCCAGGAAGUUCUACUACGCAAUCAAAGAGGUUUAUGCACAACAGACCAACUGCACCAAGCCUCCCGUCUCACUCAUGGGCCAGCUGAUUUGGAGAGAGUUCUUUUACACUGUUGCCGCGGGAACACCCAAUUUCCACCAGAUGGAGGAGAACCCAAUCUGUAUUCAGGUCCCUUGGGAUGAGAAUCCAGAAUUCUUGGCUGCAUGGAAGGAGGGGCGCACCGGUUACCCUUACAUUGAUGCCAUCAUGACCCAACUAAGGACCGAAGGCUGGAUCCAUCACCUUGCCAGACAUUCUGCUGCAUGUUUCCUCACCAGGGGUGACCUCUGGCAGAGCUGGGUCAAGGGUCAAGAGGUGUUUGAUGAGUGGUUAUUGGAUGCAGAUUACAGCCUGAAUGCUGCUAACUGGAUGUGGUUGUCUUCUAGUGCCUUCUUCCACCAAUACUACCGGGUCUACAGCCCAGUCGUGUUUGGCAAAAAGACAGAUAAGACUGGAGAGUACAUCAGGAAGUAUAUUCCUGCAUUGAAUAAAUUGCCUGCUGAGUACAUCUAUGAGCCCUGGACCGCACCACGUAGCGUACAGGAAGCUGCAGGCUGUAUCAUCGGGAGAGACUACCCUCGACCAAUCGUCGACCAUAGCAUCGUCUCCAAGAGGAACAUUGGGAGAAUGAAAGAUGCUAGAGCUUGCCAGCCAGGCAAGAAAGCAGAAAAGAGACCAGCUGAACCAUCCAAACAGGACAACAAUGGUAAAAAAGUCAGAAAAAUCACCUCCAUGCUCAAGAAGAAAUAGACUACAGGCUUGUUAUAGUAGGAAGGAAAGAUCUUGGCAAUAGCAUUCCGAAAUGGUAACUUGAACCCACUUUGAAAGAUACGAUCUCAUUGUUUUGUAAAGGAAGAUCUAUGGUUCAAGGAUGUUAAUAUAUGAAUUUAUCAGUAUGUGCAUAAUGAUAGAUAGUGAGCUGGCUAUACUAGAAGGGCCUCACCUUCAUCCAUAUUCUAAUACCAUAUGGGUUGCUCCAUCAUGUGAUCCAGUGACAAUUGCUUUGGGCUUUAUUUUGUGAAAGGUAUAGUGUUAGCCUUAGGGUUGCAAUCAGGUAAGGGUUAGAGUUAGGGUUCAGUCAGGGAUUGAAAUUAGGAAUUUGGUUAGUGUAGGUUAUCAUGGAGCAAUUUUUAAACAACCCUAAAUCAGUUUCUACUUCAAUUUCAAUCUAUAUGCAAAGCACUUCAAGUGUGAUGUGUCCAUUUAGAUCUUACCUUUUUUCUUACAAAGUCAUCUGUGCGUAUCCUUCAUCAUGUUGAAUAUUCAAGCUUUAGAUAUCAUUAAAAAAGAAAAAGAAAAGAUUUGUUUGUUGUUGGUACAAUGAAAUAGAUUCCCUUUAUUUAGAAGCAAGGAUGUAGUCAAUUGUUUAGGUAGCACUAGAAGUCUAUUAAGCUAGAACUUGGCUUAGUCGAUGUAGACAGGUAGGAUGGAGCAAAUUUUCCCCAUCAAUAUGCGUUUGAUUUGCAUUCUUAGUUGAAAUAGAUUAAAGUACCAGUCUUUUUAUAUUCAUUUCGUUUGAUUUGUUCAUGUAAGCUAUGUUUCUUUGAUGAUGAUUCAAACCAGGAUGUUAGAUUGGAAAUAUGUUACAUGUAGUUUGCCUAAUGUUUUUGGAAAAGAAUGACUAUGGUAAAAUACAAAAUUAAUUCAGUGCCUGAAUUUUAGGCAGAUAAAGCGUCCAACAGUUUGUAUAGAUUAUAGUAAAUGACAGAAAUAAUAGUGUGUGAAUUCAGGGAAGAUAAACUGCUCAUAUUUCAGCGAAAGAUACCAAAUAUAUUGAAGAUUACAGAGAAAGUUAAACAGUAUUCUAUUUUAGUUUUAUUAUGUACUAAGCAUCAUCAGUAGUAUUGUAACAUAAAAUAACAUUUGUUACAUAAGUAUUACAUCAAAGAGGAUUUGUGCCUUGCACAUUAAAUAUCAAGUUAUAUGUGUUGUAGAUGUAUUAGGUAAGGAUGCAUUAAGUAAUGGGUUCUGUAUGUGAAGUUAAAAUCAUGACUAUAAAAAGCAAUUUUCAUGAGCAAUGGUAA